GGAUAAACAAUUGUUCCGCGAACUCCGACUGUGCAUUUGCACAAUUCCAAAAUGAGUGCAAAUAAUAAGAAAGGUAAAACUACUCCAGCUGGGUCGAAAAACGCGGGCACAUCAGAACUUGUGCUCAACACGGAUCCCAAAGUGGUCACGAAAGCUGCCGAACUGUUGCAACCAAUCGAGACGGAUGUCGUCGAAAAGAACCUUAACACCGUGCUGAACGCUGUGAAAACCGUAGAUCAGACGUGCGAUUUUAAAGGCUGCAAACAGAAAACCAACCUCGUCGGAUCGGAUUGUUCGUUCUGCAAGGAGCGCUUCUGCUUCCGGCACGGGCUGCCGGAAAUACACGGCUGUGGCGAUGCGGUCAAACGCAAAGAGCGUGAGGAGUUCCUUCAUCCGAUGACUGGCAAAGCUCGUGCUGAGCAGUAUGAAAAGCAGAAAGCGCAAGUACGUUUGACGCAGAAGCUUAAACAGAUGGGGCUGGAGCGGAAACAAAAACCUUCGACGGGCGGAAGUACCGGCACUAGCCGCGGUGGAGGUACAGCAGCAUCCGCGCGAGGGAAAAGGCGAAACAAUCCGUAGAAUAUCGGGUUCGAAAAAUUAUUAUUUAUUACCGUUCCUAAAUGUAUAAGUAAAUGUUAUUUAGCAUUAUCAAACGUAGCAAUAAAUCGACACACUCGGCUGUUUGUA